CAUGUCAUUCACAAUCUCUUGAAUUAAUGCCAUCCAUUGUUUAUAAAAGUUUUUUUACCUUUCCGCUAUGCAUGAAGAAGUUAUUGCCAAAAGGGCCAAGAUCCCUCCUCAUCACACUCUCACAUCACUCUCUUUAACUCACGUUCAAUUCAGUGGUGAUGAUAUCUAUUCAAAGAUUUUUGCUCACCUUACACUUUCACCGCUGGCGAUUAUCUGUGGUUAUAUCGCCGUUGUAUUAACCACAAGAGACCUUACAGUGGUCACGAUGUUUGCAGGUCAACUCUUGAAUGAAGGCAUCAAUUUUGUACUUAAACGCUUGGUUAAGCAAGCAAGACCGACAGAAUAUCUGGGUGAUGGCUAUGGUAUGCCUUCAAGUCACUCGCAAUUCAUGGCAUAUUUUGCAGCCUACAUGAUCCUUUUGGUGUAUCGAAACGGUGCCUCAUCUGGAAUCGUCAGUCCGCACUUCAUAUCAGCGGUUGUCACCCUUUGGUCCUUAUUAGUGGUCUACUCUCGUGUUCACUUAUACUAUCAUACCUGGCAGCAAGUAGUGGCAGGAUCGAUUUGUGGAACUUUAAUUGGAGUAGGAUACUACUUUUUCACUCAAAAGUUUUUGCGAUCGAAAGGCAUGCAGGACUGGAUGUUGGAUAAUCCGCUUGGACGCUGGGCUCAUAUUGUCGAUCGAGAACAAAUGGAUCAUGUAUAUCGGUGGGAAUGGGAACAAUUCCAGCAGUGGCGCAAGAUCAGUCAGGGCAAGAAAAGUGAUUAAGUUAAUAAAAAAUAUCUCUAUAUAAAUAAAGCAAACUUUAGUGAUCAUGU